GCUUUGCCUGUGUGUGCGUAAGUGAGCGGUCGGAAUCAGACGGUGAAAAUAAUCGUGGCAAAAGCGACGGCGACAUUUUAUACACGUAUCAGAAGCAAACUCAACGUGUUUUGAGAACGUUGUAUUGGACGCGUUGUGGCCGUACAUACACAUACAUAUACAUACAUACGUGCACAUAUCUAUUGAAAGAAGUUUGUGUAUUGAUAUAUGUACAUGCGGGCGCGAAAUUAAAACGCAUACUAAAAUCUUGAAACGCAAUUGAAAGCAAAAUAAAAAAAACCUAACUUUAAAGCUUUGUGUAAAUGAAACAUCAAAGCAACUGCAGCUUGAAAAGUGGCAUCAUCGUCUAAAUGUUGCAUCCAUUUGUUUGUCCAACCUGUUUUAGCUAACUACGUAGAAACCGCAUCACGCAUUACGCAUUACGCAUUACGCAUUACGCGCUUUUCCAUCAACGCAACUGUACUUGGAGUACGCUUGGAGUGGCAACAAGGACACGAAAUAAAGAAAGCGUUUUCUAGAAUUUCUCCCCCCUUGUCUGUGUCGCUCCGUCUCAACCGCUGGCCUUGCCACAGUGAAGCUCGGCAAGAUGUUCAUCGAAGAUGAUGCCCAAAUGGAUAGCUUCUGGGUGCAGAGUGCACUGGGCGCCAUCAAGGCGAUUGCCUUUGUCUACGACAUUAUAACGCUGCCGGUUUAUUUGGUAAUACAGGCGCCAUGGAAACGUCGACAGGACUCACGGCGAGUCAAGGCAAAGAUAAUCAAGAACGAAGAAACUGAGCUGACAUACCGCACCACGGAACCGCCGCGCGAUGUGCAUGUGAAGAUGCUGCAGGAGAAUAUCGAUACGUUGGAAAAGGUUUUCAAUUACGUGGCCAAGACGCACUCGACCAAACGCUGCUUGGGCACCCGCCAGAUACUCAGCGAGGAGGACGAAACACAGCCAAACGGACGCGUUUUCAAAAAGUACAACAUGGGCGACUAUAAGUGGAAGAACUUUAUCGAGGCGGAGCGCAUGGCGGCCAGCUUUGGACGUGGACUGCGCGAACUUGGCCAGGCGCCGCGACAAAACAUUGUCAUCUUUGCUGAGACUCGUGCCGAGUGGAUGAUAGCUGCCCAUGGUUGCUUUAAGCAGGCGAUGCCCAUUGUAACCGUCUAUGCCACACUUGGCGAUGACGGCGUGGCCCACUGCAUCAGCGAAACCGAAGUAACCACUGUCAUCACCUCGCACGAUCUGUUACCGAAAUUCAGAACUUUGCUGGACAAAUGCCCAAAUGUCGACACCAUCAUUUAUAUGGAAGAUCAGCUGCACAAGACCGACACAAGUGGAUUCAAGGAAGGCGUUAAGAUUCUGCCAUUUGCUCAAGUUGUGAAAAUUGGAAAUGACAGCAAAUUUGAGAACGUGCCACCAAAGGCCGAGGACAUUGCCAUUAUCAUGUAUACUUCCGGCUCAACGGGCACUCCAAAGGGUGUUCUGUUGUCGCACAAGAAUUGCAUUGCAACAAUGAAAGGCUUUUGUGACAUGGUUAGCAUUUAUCCGGAAGAUGUGUUGAUCGGUUUUCUGCCCCUGGCGCAUGUGUUCGAGCUUGUCGCGGAGAGCGUUUGCCUGAUGACUGGCGUCUCCAUUGGUUACUCAACGCCGCUGACGCUAAUCGACACGAGCAGCAAGAUUAAGCGUGGCUGCAAGGGUGACGCCUCCGUGCUGAGGCCUACGUGCAUGACUUCCGUACCUCUGAUACUCGAUCGCAUCUCCAAGGGCAUCAACGACAAGGUCAACUCUGGCUCUGCAUUCAGGAAAGCGCUCUUUAAGUUUCUCUACCAGUACAAAGUCAAGUGGAUACAGCGCGGUUAUCAGACACCAUUGAUCGACAAGCUGGUCUUCAAGAAGGUGGCUAAGCUAAUGGGCGGCAGGGUGCGCAUUAUUAUGUCCGGCGGUGCGCCGCUCUCGGCCGACACUCACGAACAGAUCAAGACGUGCCUGUGCGUGGAAUUGAUACAAGGCUACGGCCUGACAGAGACCACUUCUGGCGCAACUGUGAUGGACUAUCGCGACAUGACCUAUGGACGGACUGGAGGACCUUUGACUGUUUGUGACAUUCGGUUGGUUAAUUGGGAAGAGGGCCAUUAUCGUGUUACCAACAAACCCUAUCCACAGGGUGAGGUACUCAUCGGUGGCGACUGCGUAUCGCAAGGCUACUACAAACUGCCCGGUAAAACCAAUGAGGACUUUUUUGAUGAAGAUGGACGCCGUUGGUUCAAAACCGGCGAUAUUGGAGAAGUGCAAUCCGAUGGCGUACUUAAGAUAAUUGAUCGUAAGAAGGAUUUGGUUAAGCUGCAGGCUGGUGAAUAUGUCUCCUUGGGCAAGGUCGAAUCUGAGUUGAAGACGUGUGGCUUUAUUGAGAACAUUUGCGUUUAUGGUGAUCCGACAAAACAAUAUACCGUCGCGCUGGUCGUGCCGAAUCAGAAACAUCUCGAAGAGUUGGCCGAACGGAAUGGGCUUAAAAACAAAACGUUUGAAGAUUUGUGCUCAUCGCCAAUCAUGGAGAAGGCCAUACUCAAGGAAAUAAGCGAACAUGCGAGGAAAUGUAAAUUACAGAAAUACGAGGUGCCUGCCGCCAUUACGCUGUGCAAGGAAGUUUGGUCCCCGGAUAUGGGCCUAGUGACGGCUGCUUUCAAGCUGAAGCGCAAGGACAUUCAAGACAAAUAUCAGCACGACAUUAAUCGCAUGUACGCUUCAUGAAAGUCAAUGUACUAAAAUAACAGGAGCAGCAGCUUGAAGCCAAUUGUGUACUAAAUAUAACAAUUGUUUUAGUAUAGCUCAAAAGAGGAAACAUGCGUUAUUGAAACCAAACUAGCUUAAGUACGAAAAUAUCUAAAAACCAAAUAGACACACAUCAACGGCUAUGCCUGUAAAGAGAAAAUUUGUGUUUAGAAAUUGAUUGAUUUUUGAGCUCUUUUGCUAAUCUAUUAUAAUAAAACCUGUAUUGAGUUUUUAGAGUUAUGUAGCUUAGUUUGGUUACUUUUGUUUUGUACCAUGCUGUUGAUGUUGAUGAUGAUGAUGAUGAUGAUGAUGAUGAUGAUGAUGUUGAAUAUGAUUUUGAUAAUGAUUACGAAUGACAAUGAUAAUGAAAGAGACGAUAACGGUUACGAUUGAUGUACAGUUUUCGGUUUUUAGUACAUUUUUGAGGCAAAUGAAAAAUUGCGUAAAAUAAUAAUUAUUUUUAUAAAACACACAAUAAACUAAGCUUAAGUGGUUGCCUAAUAAUUAUGUACAUACUUUACAUAUACACAAUCGCGUAUAUAUCAAAAUCUAAUCCUAGAUUUGAAUAUAAAUAUAUAAAUAUAGCGUACUUCUUAAAAUAUAGUUUAAUAUAUGGCAAAUAUUGAAGUAAUGAAUUGUAGCAAAUAUAAAAACAUAAAGCAACAUGUUCUGAAUUAAAAUGCUAAAUGCAAAUACAAAUUAAUAAAUUUCUUUACUUCUGCUGGGGCUAACAUAUAAAACAAAGAGAAUAAAGAGAGAGUGCACUAACUAUAAACCCUCCAUAUACACACAACUCAUAUGAAGGGCAGCAAAGAAUUGUAAAAUGUACAAUUUUUUAGGCAAAUUUAAUAAAUGCAACAAUGCGAAUAAACUUUAAAGAUCAAUUGCAAUUACAACUCAACAUCAUAAUCAGCAUAAGAAAGACUUAGAGCUAAAGGAAAAUAGUAAUGCCUAAACUAUUAAGAUUCGAUUAUUUUUUAUGUGUGCAAAUAGUUUUGAUUAAAUUGUAGUCAUAUUUUUAGUCACGUAUAACUUGUAGAAAUGAUACGGUGCGUUUUUAAAACGAGGAAAUUGAUAAUAUUUUCAAAAUACCGGAAUA